AUGCCCUCCAGCACACUCGACCUCUCCCAGAGGAUCCUCCGCAUUUCCCGGAGUGAUGAUACUCAUGGUUACGUGCUCCUCCAGGUCUCCCCCACCAGCUCUAAUGCCCUGGAUCUGGAUAUUGCUGCGACGGAGGGGGAGAACCCCUAUACUGGCACUGUGCGACAAACCCGCCUGAAAACUCUCUGCGCGAAGAACUACCGAGGUAGCGACGACGAAUGGGUUCAAAUUGUGUCAUAUGUUUUUGGUCAGCUCAAAGAACCCGUCCCAAAGUCCGAAAUACUCUCUGGAAUUGAAUCUUCGGCGAGUAUCAUCGAAUCGGGCGACGUUAGUAGGGAGCUAGUUAUCACGAUACGCAAACGAGUCCAAUCCAUCACACAAAGGCUGGGUUCUGUGACCCUAAGACAGAAUGAUGAACAGGCAAUUCAACUAUUCGAUUGGUCGGGUGCAGCUGUUGCAAGGGCAGAUACCCUUGCGGAACGUCUUUCCACUUUAACAGAUCGUUACCGCGCCGCCGAAAACGCAAUCCAACGACUCAACCAGCAGUUAGAAGAAUUCAUGAGCGCCAAGACCCAGCACGAUGAGUUACUGAUGGCCAAUUUCGUGCAAUUGUUGAAUGAGAAGAAGCUCAAGAUUCGCAAUCAACAGCGCCUCUUGGCCUCCGCAAAGGUAGACUCUAAAAAAGAGAUUCGGUCAGCAAUCUCGGCCACACAUCCUCUCUCUGGCCCGUCCAAUUCCAAAACAAAGCGAUCCGCUCAAGACAUGUUAGACAGUAAAUCCGAUAGUGAGGACGGAUUUGAGAGGAUGGAAGUCGAUCACGAUAGGCAAAUCGAUGGUCACUCAGACGAUCAGGAAACAGAAGAUGAAGAAACUUCUACGCCCCAGCCCCUUGAAGAUGACGAAAACACCAACACAGGCGAAGCACUUGCGUCACCAUCAAUAGAAAACGAGCGCGAAGACAACAAGCAGGCAUCAGACGAAAAACCUCAAAACAGCACUAUACUAACAAAUUCAGCCGUCCCACCACCCCGAAGAGAGCUUCCGUUUGUUAAGAAGCCACAGGUGGAUCAUAUGCCACCAAGAUCAAUUGAAUCCGUCGCCGCAGGGGAGGAUGCUGAAGCAACGGCGGGGGAAACUGAUGAUGAUGAGUUGUAA